AGCGUUUGUCAUCAGUUUGCAAGCCUUCCAGCUUUGUAGAGAAGCCAACCAAACAAGUUCUCAGCGAAAAAAGCCAGAAAUCAACAGGGAAAACUAUUCCAAACAAAGAAAACCGCACAUAUUUACACCAUUGAGGGAAAUUCAUACCAAAAGGAAUCCUUAGCCAUGAGCGAGUUGACCAGAGAUCUGCGGCAGCAGCAGCCGGAGCAGCAGGAUCCCGUCGAGCUGCUCGACUGUGACAUCGAGUUCGAGGAGGAUCAGUCUCCCGUGGAGGUCCAGCAGACAGCCAAGAUCCCGGCCAGUUCGGCCAAGCUCUUCACCAAGGCCCUCAAGAAGGUGUCCAAGGUGCAGCGCAUGCUGGAGCAGGCACGCAUCCUGCUGGCCGAGGAGCAGGAGCAGGAGCAGGCCACCUCCAAGAAGGACCAGAAGAAGGCCAAGAAGCAGUUGAAGAAGCAGGCUAAGAAGGCCAAGAAGCUGGCCAAGAAGCAGGCCAAGAAGAGCGCCGAGGGAGAGAUCCUGGCGGAGGAGGAGGCGGUGCCCCCAGCUCGUUCCCGUUCGAACAGCGUUAGCUCCACCUCGAGCUCCUCCAGCUCCUCCAGCUCUAGCUCGAGUUCCAGUUCUAGUUCCAGUUCUGGCGAGGAUCAGGAGCUCAACUUCUAUGGCUACGGCUGGGGUCGCAAUCCCUGGCGCCGGGGACCUCAUCAUUGCCGUCGUCACAGCAUUGGCCAUAAGCAUGGCAAGCAUCAUGGUCAUCAUGGUAGGAGACAUGGUCAUGGACACGGGCAUGGACAUGGACAUGGACAUGGACAUGGUCACAAGCAUGGCCAUGGACAUGGACAUGGUCAUGGACACGGACAUGGCCACGGACCUCGUCGCCAUCACCUGGGACCCCAUCACUUUGGACCCCAUCACUUUGGUCCCCAUCCCUUUGCCUUCGAUAGGCGAUCCUGGCUGGGACCUUGGCAGGAUCAGUGCCAGUUUUUUCGGUGGAUGGGCCUGCCGUGGGCCCCAGAACCAAUCACGGACUGCCGCAGCCGGAGGAGGAGCCGAUCUCUGUCUAGAUCCGCCUACCCAAAUCGUGGAGAUUUUGGACUCGGACACGUCUACGGACACGGAUACGGACACGGACACGGACAUGGCCACCCGGGUCGAUCACAUGACCGUCGAGUAGAGCGUUCUAGCUCCUCCAGCUCCAGUUCCAGCUCGGAGAGCGACCAGGAGCUCAGGAAGAGGAGCAAGAAGAGCAAGAAGCAUGGCGGCAAGAGUAGGUCCAGGUCGAGCUCUAGUUCUAGCUCCAGCUCCAGUUCGAGUUCCAGCUCCGAGGAGGAGAAGAAGACCAAGAAGCAGAGGAAGCGGCAGGGCAGGAAGCAGCGUGGCAGCAGCUCCUCCUCCUCCUCCUCCUCCUCGUCGAGUUCCUCCAGUUCCAGUUCGGACAGCGAGGGAAAGGUGGAGAAGAGGCACCACAAGCGCGGUCAUCAUCAUGGCAGACCGCAUCAUGGCCCACACCAUGGCCCACAUCAUGGCCAUCACUUUGGCCCACAUCCUGGCCAUCACUUUGGUCCCCAUCAUGGUCAUGGACCGCAUCGCCGAACAGACUUCCCCUGGCCUCAGCAUGAACCUACUAGGCUCCUAGCUCCUUCCUUUGGACCUUCACCGCCUGCCUUUGGACCACCGCCACCAGAACCUUUUGGCCCGCCAGCCUUUGGCCAGGAUUGUCGUCGUCGCGGACGCUCUCUGUCCCGUUCCCAUCACCCGGAGAGAGCCCACUCCAGACCAGGCUCUCGUUCGCACUCCCGAUCGGAGGAAAAGCCAAAGGAACACUGCCAGAAGAAGAAGAAGGACAACAAGUGCAAGGAUAAGGGCAAGAAGAACAAGAAGCACCACAAGCAUGGACAUCAUGGCAAGCAUCAUGCUUAGAGAUCCAGGAUGACCCAAAGAUUUAUCAAUAUUCCUUCAAUAUCAUAACUACUAUAUAAUCUUUAAACUAUAAUCUUGUAUCAUUUAAUCUUGUAUCCUUCAAUAUUUUAUUUUUCAAUCUUUAAUCCUUUAAUCCUUUAACCUUGUAUCCUUCAUUCUUGUAUCCUUCUUAACCAAAAAACAACUUUAAAUAUAUAACCAAAAGCUUUAUUAUUAUAUAGAAAAAAACACACAAAAAAAAGGAACAAAAUGUUA